AUGCAAGCAGAUAAAACGAAAAAGGGUAAAAACUUUAAGAUUCGCUAUUCUUCAAAAUGUAAAAGUGACAAAACAUGGAGGGACAAUAUAAGGAAUAGAAAAAAAGAAAACUCAAAAAAGAAUGAAAAAAAUAAUUUAAUGCAUGAUAGGAAUAUACAUAAACAUAUAUAUAUUGAUUAUUUUGAAUUAAGUAAAAAAUAUACAUUUUUAAAAAUAUUUUUACAUAAAAAUGAAAAGUCCACAAAUGUAUAUUAUAACUUUGAACAAUCAAUUGCCGUAUAUUUUUUGAGUAAAUCUAUAUUAAAAGAAUAUUAUAAUCUAAAUUUUUAUAUGCCUUAUAUUAAAAAUGAUGAAAUUCAAAAUAACAUUAUUUUGGGUAAUAAUAUUUUUAGUACUAAUGAAUUUAUUUAUAGUAUAAAUGAAUUUGAAGAUAUAAAUUCCUUGAAAAAUAUUAUAUUAUUGUCAUAUAAAAAUUAUGAUACGUAUUUAUUAAAUUUAAAAAAUGAUAGUAAUACAAAUUUGUCUUGUCGUCAAUAUGAUGAUUGUACUAUAACAUAUAAUAAUAACAUUAAUGAACAAACAAAUGAUAUAUAUUAUAAAUAUACUUUUGAAUGUAAUAAAAAAAAUGAAAACAUUAUAUUACAAAAUGAUCAAGGGAGGAAAUUUCUCUGUCCAUGUGUUCCUGGGAGGGUAAAUUAUAUACACAUUCUAGCUGAUCUCACAGACAUCAACGAAUUAAACAACUUAAAGAAUAAUUUAAAUAGUAUAAAAAAUAACGAUAAAUAUAUACCUGUUACAAAUAUAAAUGUAAAUAUAAAUAAUACUAAUAAUGUACAAAACAAUAUGUUCUUAUUAUAUGGUAAUAUAAUUAAAGUAUUAGAUAUAGGUGUAGGAGCUAAUUGUAUAUAUCCUCUUUUAGGGAAUAAUAUAUAUAAGUGGUCUUUUUUAGGUACUGAUAUAAAUAUAGAUUCUUUAAAAUAUAGUUUUAUAAAUAUUUUAAUAAAUAACAAAGAAGAUGAUAUUCACCUAAAAUAUCAAACAAAUAAAAGAAAUAUUUUUCAAAACAUUAUUAAUAAUUCGGAUUUGUUUUUUUUCUCCAUGUGCAAUCCACCAUAUUAUACCUUUAUUGAAGAGGUAAAUAAAAAUCCAUAUAGAAUGUUAGAAGCUAAUGUUGAUGAAGUGGUAUAUUAUUUGGGAGACGAAAAAGGGAUAAACAUAGAUAAUAAUAAUGAUCAUAAUAACCAUAUGGAUAAUAUGCAUGGGACUAAUAUAUAUAUAGAUAAUAUACAUACCGAUGAUAUACAAACGCAUAAUAUAAAUUUAGAUAGAACUAUUUCGAGUGAAUUAGGUCCAAUAAAUACGGAAAACCAAAAAGAACAGAAAGUAGAAAGGGAAGAAGAAAAUAAUGGUACAAAGAUCAAAAUGGAAAAUUCUAAACAUGGUUGUAAUAAUAAAAAUAUGAGUGAUAAUAUAAAUGAUGGUAAUAUAACAUCUUUUAAAAUAUCUAUAAAUGAAGAAGAAGAAGAAGAAAAAAAAAAACAUAAUCUUAAUAAUACACCGUCUAUCAAUUCAACCAAAAAUUACAAUAAUAAGGGAGGAGAAUAUAAAUUUAUCAUGAAUAUGCUUGAGGAAAGUAUAUCUUAUUUUUUUAAUGUUAUAUGGUUUACGACAUUAGUAUCCAAGUUUAAAAAUGUUAAAUUAAUAAAAAACGAAAUUAUCAAUUCAAUGAGAUUAUAUCAUGAAUACAAAAAAAAUCAAAUAUAUUUCCUUAAUUCUAUAAUAAAAGAAAAUUUAUAUUUUAAUCAAACUUUUGUUUUUAAAAAUAUACAAAAAAAAAUUCCACCUGUAUGUAUAGCGCAAUAUAGAAUAUUUGAAUCAUAUAGUGGAAAUAUAACGAGGUGGAUAAUAUGUUGGUCAUAUUAUAACCCUGAACAAAUAGAUACUUUGAAGAAAUUAUAUUAUGAGAAAGCAAAAUGA